UCUGUGGACUUUUGGAAAUAUUGUCAAUUUUUUUUUGUUUCAAAAUUAAUUUACACAGUAAUGGUUCUUAAGCACUUCACACGUAAUUUGGUGGCGCUGCGAUUCACAGUUUUGGGACGUAGUUACAGUUCUGGAGAUCAAUCUAUUCAGACAGUUAAAAUGGAUUACGCUGUGUAUAAGUUGCCUCAUAGUCAAUUAAAGCAACCUCCGAUAUUGCUAAUGCAUGGUCUAAGUGCAUCCCGAACCAAUUGGCGUCGUGUUAGCCGAAAAAUAGCUAAGCGAGGAUCACGGCCUGUCAUUGCUGUUGAUGCACGAAAUCACGGCAAGAGCGCUCAUAGUCCGCAACACACACCAAAGCAUUUGGCCGCUGAUGCGGCAGCGUUCAUUAAGAGCCAUAAGUUAAAUCGCAUAGUAGCACUAGGACAUAGCAUGGGCGGGAGGGCGUUAAUGACACUGGCGUUGACUCAGCCUGAGAUGGUGGAGCGCGCCAUUUUUGUGGAUAUCACUCCUGGACGUCUCCCAGAUGAAAUCUUAAAUAUGUCGAACAUAUUUAAGACAAUGAUUGAGGUGGUCGAGACCAUUCCUAAAAAGUUCACUCUGUCAGAAGGUCGCAAGUUCAUAGUACCUUCAUUCAUUAAACUUGUGAAAAACGAUCUGGAUUUAAUUCUGGUUAUUCAUAACCUAAGGAAGACUGAGUCAGGUGAUUUCGACUGGCGAUCAAAUCCCCAGGCAAUUCUCAAUGGGUGGCAGGAAACAAUGAUUGAUUAUGAGAAAACGCUUUCAGGACUGGGGCCAUAUCAGGGGGAGACUCUUCUCAUUGCGGCUUUGAAAACUAAGUUUGUGACAUCGGACAAUGUGAAAAUUAUGAAUAGAUACUUUCCCAAUUUACGUGUAGAGUAUUUGGAUUCGGAGCACAAAGUUCAUAUGGAGCAACCAGAGAAAUUCGUCAAUCUAGUUGUAGACUUUACUAAGACCUAAUAUCAGAUUCCCCAUCAAAUUAAUAGUACAAUAUGUUCAAUAGAUCCAAUAGUUUGUUCGAGUAUAUUUUAAAGCCAAAAUGAAAAGUAUAUAUUAUCAUCAUCAUAUGGAACUUUUAACAUCCUGUAAAUCACACAUACAUAAAAAAAAUUAUAUAUAAAGGUGGUUAAAUUUUUUAAUUUUUCACUAUUCAUCAUCGCAUCUAACUG